AUGGUUGCAAAAACACCGGAAGGGAUAUCGUUAGAAAAUCUGAGCAAACGGGCCUCGGUGUACAUUGACCCAGAUUGUGAUUUGUACCUAGAGCUUCAAUAUUUGCAAUCUUCCAAACUUACCAAAUGUACGUGUUUCAACAUACAACUAUUACGAGCGAAAGGAAAAAAGCCGAACUUGAAGUCGUUCCAAGACGUGCAGGCACUCAUACAGCAGGGGAAAAAGCGAGAGGCAAAGAUAGUGUUAAGAGAAAAUUCAUGGCCCACCAAUUCACCGAUUCGUUCGCAGCUAUGGCCCGCGUUGUGUGCUCAACAUCACGUUGGCAAAACGAUGCUGGACGGAUUCUACUGGGAUAUGGUGAAUCAGGUUUUUGGUACAACCGAACUGCCCGAGAAACCUAUAAUGCUCCCACCGUUCGUCGAUUCAACGCACUGUCUGCCCUAUCAUCUAACGCGGAAAGGUCGAGCGGUGGCUGAUCGCGUAGUUAGUGUGCUUGGUUAUGCCUGUCCAGAUAUCACCUACAGCCCUACGCUCUACCCUAUUACUUCCAUUUUGUUACACUUUAUGUCCGAGGAAGAAAGCUACCACUGUAUGGCGAGCCUAGUGGCUCCCAAAGAGAAAGUUUUUAUUACUCAAACGAAGUUACUUUACGAAGUCACCUGGAAGACUGUGAUGCAAAUUGCCAAAAAACAUGCGAAAUCAGCUGUUAAUUAUCUAUCUACAAUGUGCAACGGACAGAAGCCGGAAUCAAUCUUCAUGGAUUGGUGUUGGUGGAUACUAGGUGGCUUACCUUUUCCGCAUCUGGUACGGGUGAUGGAUUGCUUUUUCCAUGAGGGUAUCAAGGUGUUCUACCGUGUGUCGUUGGCGAUAUUGAUACUUUUCCAUAAGCACGUUACCGCCAGUAAUUCUGAUUGGGACGCGGAUGCGAUAAAAAAUGACAUCGAUAAUGCCCUUCCAAAGUUCUGCAAAAACAUACCAGUCUCGCCAGCGAAGCUACUACGGACGGCUUUUAGUAUAAGAGCGCUUAGUUCAACGUACAUAUCUAGGGUUUUUUUGAAGACUGAAAUGCUACUAAAAAGUAAGUCAGUACUAAGCGGGCCGAAGCAAAUGGUAAGAUCACGUUCUAGCGAUAAUUUACCAACGAGUCAAUCCCAGAUCAACGUACAAAUGAUGUCUCACACCCUUACAAUUCGGGAGGGAGCUCAUUCUCCUGACGUACGAGUGUUGUCUAUGGGAGUGUUUCCAAUUCAAGCAAUAAAAAGCAAAAUUUGUGAUCAAGACGCACUGUUUACGCUCUGGUCUUGGCUGCCAGUAAGAAUAACAAUGUAUCAGCCCGAGCUAUUAUACACCACUGAAGAACACGGAUGUUCUUUGACAACGUUUUACGUUCGGGUGGAACAACAUGAACCAACACUGCUAAUGAUUAAAACGUGUAACAACGAAGUGUUCGGUGCUUACUGUUCAUCUCGAUGGUUUGAGCGUAAUUUAAAAGAUGACCGUGGACAACGUCAGGCUUACUUCGGAACGGGAGAAACGUUCCUUUUUUCCCUUUAUCCUGAGCGCGCCAAAUAUCCUUGGGUUGGGAUUGAGGGCGAUACAGGAUUGGGUCAUGCAUCAGAACUCUUUAUGGCUGCCGAUUCAAAGAUGAUUACUAUCGGUGGCGGUGAGGGACAGGCUAUCUGGAUGGAUGAAAACAUACGCUUUGGCAAAACCGAUCGCUGCCAAACAUUCAACAACCCACCGCUUUGCGCCUCUGGCGAUUUUGAGAUACGAGUGCUGGAGGUGUACGGUUUUGUAGGGGCUUAA